AUGGGAGAAGAGGAUUAUCGUGACGACGAGAGCCGAUCUCGCAAAAGAUGGACGUUGGAACAACUGAAAUGUGGCAACACGUUUCUCUCAAUGCAAGCUGCUACCAACAAGUUCGACUCCCAGUGUGGUAUGACUGCUCCUGGAAUGCCUCGUUGGAACAUCGUUCGUGAUAAGCAAUACAUCGAACCAGACCGCCGCUCAGAAAAUAUACUUCGAGUUCAAUGCGGUACGAACCAAUAUGCGUCUCAAAAAGGCGAGACUCCAAUGGGAGCCAGCCGUUUCCAGGUGCCAAGAGUCACCUAUAAAAAAGACUGGGAGACGAUCCUAGACAAGGAAGGCGAGAAGAUCAUUCCGAAACAGGCUGGAGACUACGGUCUGGCAACUCAAGCUGGAGAGGUUUCAAUGGGAGCCCAUCGUAAUCAGGUACCUAACGUACGUGGACGUCUUCCUCAUGAUCGUCGCACUCAUGGCGUUCUUGUUUUCCAAAACGGAACAAACAUUUUUGCGUCACAGACGGGAAUGUCCGCUCCACCUGGAAUUGGUGCUGUUCGACAAGCUACUCAACGAAUUGAAGGGCUCGACAUGAACGAAGAUCAGCAACGUCGUGGAACCGAAUAUACACCGUGGUAUUCCGGGCAGAACAAGUUCGCUACGCAGGCGGGCAGUGGUGGAUUCCUCAAAGUCCGAGACGUCAUUCCUCAUACAGUGGGUGGCAAAGAUAUUGAAGAAAGCCUUAGGCAGAAAUCCGAAGGAAUCGUCCCACUUCAGUCGGGAACGAACAAGCUGGCAUCUCAGAGAGGAAUGACUGGAUUUGGAACACCACGAAACACCAUCCAGAAGAGCGGAUGGAAGAAAGAAUGGAUCGAAGAAUAUGAAGCGGCGCUCAAAGAGUGGGAAGAAUCUAAGCCACCUGGCAGUGCAUCUAGCGCUGAUCCAUUCGGACAUUAUAAGAAGAAGUUCGAAGAAAGAGAGUCAUCGCGUCAAUCAGAGAUUGACAAUCAAUCGGUAAAAGCAAGCGGAACGAUGGACGAAGACCAGGACGUGGAAGACGACGAGCACGUGGUAUAG